CAAACCUUGAAGAUACAAAUAUCCCAAUGACUGUGAUGUCUGAUUAGAAUGCAAGCCAAGGAAAAGAUGAUACCAAUCUGCUGCCGACAAAUCCUCAGCUUGAACACGGAUCUGGUAUCCAAGUUCUACACACUUCCAGCUAUUGCUUACAAGAGAUAUUUGAUUUCAGUAAUUUUAGCAGAAGAUAAACUGAGUGGAGUAGUUACCAUUACCCUGUCAUUAUUUGAAUGGUUGUUACUACUCUAUUUUUACCCUCAGAAGCACCCAGAGAAACACGGAAUCCCAACUAACCUCAUGACAGGGUUUCAGCUCUUCUUCCAGCUCAUUUCCUUUUCAAAACCUCUAUAAGAAUCCCCUUCCCCAACCCACAAACAGAUUAUCAGUUGAUCCAUCUUCUUCUCAAAAAAUGGCUCGUUUCAGCAACAAAAUACUGGGCUUACUCAAUUUUGCAGCAUUUGUGGUCUCCAUCCCAGUCUUGGGCGGUGGAGUAUGGCUGGCAACCAAGGCAGACACUGACUGUGAGAAGUUUCUUCAAUGGCCUGCGAUAGCCAUUGGCGGCGCUCUCAUGGCCGUCUCUCUUGCCGGCUGGGUGGGCGCCUGGGGUAGAAUCACAUGCCUGCUCUGGUUUUACUUGACCGUCAUGUUUAUUCUCAUUGUGCUCUUGUUCUGCUUCACUGUCUUUGCCUACGUCGUCACCAACAAGGGCGCUGGACGGACCGUUUCGGGAAGAGGGUACAAAGAAUACAGGCUGGGGGACUACUCAAACUGGCUGCAGAAGAGAGUGACAAAGACCAGCAACUGGAACAAAAUCAAAAGCUGUAUUAAGGACGCCAAAGUAUGCAAGAAACUUGCUGAUGAGACGAUCGGUGACGAUGCACAGAAGUUCUAUGAAAAGAAGUUAUCCCCGAUUGAGUCGGGUUGCUGUAAGCCUCCAAGCUCCUGUAAUUUUGUGUAUGUGAAUGCUACGGCUUGGACUCCUUCGACAACCAGCUCUGCAGAUACAGAGUGUACUAAGUGGAGUAAUGUACAAAAUCAGCUGUGCUAUAACUGUAACUCCUGCAAGGCUGGUGUAGUAGCCAACUUGAAGAAUAAUUGGCGCAAGAUUAGUUUUAUAAGCUUUGCAGUGCUGAUUGCUUUGAUUGUAGUUUAUUCUGUGGGAUGUUGUGCAUUCAGGAACUCUAGGAAUGAUGAGCUGCAUGAUUAUAAGGGAUAUUCUUAAGCUGAAUUAGCUAAGAAUAAGAUGUUAUAUUGUGUAUUUUCUUAGUUUUUUCUUUUUCUGAAAGGACCCACAUAUUCCUAACAAAAGGAAGAGUGCUUUGUAUGUUGCCUCCAUUCCUUCUUACAGGGAUUCUCCUAGUUAUGUUUGUAAUUCUACUCAUACAUAUUCGAUCUUAUAUUUACAGUUUUUAAUAUUCAGAAACUGUUUUGGUACUUGAA